AUAUUAUGGAUUAUUUGAUUGUUUAUGUCUUUUUUCUAUCCGUAGUUUACUAUUUGCAUCUGGACAAACAUUAUAUCUUUGCCACUUGGAUAUGGACAAAGGAGAUUUGGUAGAAAAUACACGGGCAACUCUACGUUUUCCUAUUACAUCCAUUCAUGUUUCUGGCGAUUGUAUAUGCGUUACUGGUCAUACGGAAUCUGUAUCCUUCUACUCUUACGAUAGUCAAGCCGAAAAGAUCAAGUUUUUGAAAAGUGAUUCCAUCUCAAGGAACGUACAUCAUUCUUUACUUCUUGAUAAUCAUAUGGUGAUUGGCCUGUCACUCUCUGGAGGGAUGUUUGCAUUGCAGGAAUCAACAGACACAUCAAAAGAUAGUCUUCAAACGUUAUUCGCUUUCCACUACCCAGACAUUAUCAUCAAACCUCGACUUUUGUCUUUACAUUCCAAUCAGUCAUCUGAAUACACACGCGGUAUUUUGGCCAGUCAUUUAUUACCGUGGACAUCAAUGGAUGAAUUAGGAAAAUCACAGCCAAUUGUAGGAUGCACCAUAUCUGGCGGCAUGAUCAUGGCCUAUCGAUGUUCAUCCUCGUUGUUUACAUUACUUGACACAUUGCAGCAAGCUUUACUACGUUUUGGUCCUACACAGCCUUUACUUGGAUCCUCUUCACAAUUCCAGCAAUGGUACACUCAAUUAUCUGGACCACAAACUUCCACUCUCCAUGCUGAUUAUCUCUUUCUUUAUUCAAGACUGACAAAGGCACAACAAUAUCAAGUGAUUAAGCAAUCCGAUAUAAAUUUGGUAACAUUGACUCAAGAACUCUUUUCAAUGGACAAGACAAUGGAAACAGAACAACAACAGAUGGAAUGGACUGCAAUCACUUUGGCGACUUUGAUUGACAAAAUGGAUUACUAUUAUUAUUAGAUUUACCUCUCUUUUUUUUUUUUUUCUCAUGCAUAUUAUUCUUUAUUUACGUCGAUCUCUUUUUUUCUUAUCCAUGAAUUCUCAUUGUAUUCCCCAUUUUUGUUUACCUUUUAUAUAAAUCUUUUCUUUUUGGC